GAUACUCGCAGGCACUUCCGCCCAGGAAGACGACGUAGCAGCCAUCUUUUCCCUGGCUUUGGUGAUUCAGCCCUGACUUCUCAAAAAGCACUGCACAGAGGAGAAGGCAGCAGAACCCCAUGAGCUGUUUUGGGAGAGGGACUGAGUACAGUGCAACACUACUCAAACUGUGGUCCACAAAGCAGCAACAUUGGCAUCACCCAGAGUUUCACUUUUGUUGCCCAGGCUGGAGUGCAAUGGCGUGAUCUCGGCUCACUGCAACCUCCAUCUCCCAGGUUCAAACGAUUCUCCUGCCUCAACCUCCCGAACAGCUGAGAUUACAGGCACCUGCCACCACACCCGGCUAAUUUUUUUGUAUUUUUAGUAGUGAUGGGGUUCCACCAUGUUUGCCAGGCUGGUCUCGAACUCCUGACCUCAGGUGAUCCACCCACCUCAGCCUCCCAAAGUGUUGGGAUUAUGGGCAUGAGCCACCAUGCCCAGCCAACUUUUUUUUAAAAUAUAAUUUCAAACUUGUAGAAAAGCUGCAAAAAUAAUAGUGUAGGGAAAUCUCGUAUGCUCUUCACCCAGAUUCACCAGUUAUGUUUGUUUGUUUGCUAUGUUGUUAUGUUUUCCCUGUUUGCUCUGUUGAUGACCAUCAGCCAUCACCAGGAACAUACCUGUAACCAACAACCAUUAAGUUUGUUUUAGCUUGCUGCAUCCAAGGAGCACACACAUGCAUGGGGUGUCUUGGUAAGAGGCAAUUAGGAGGACCCUGGUUAUAGGGUUUUGGUUUAUGUUAGCUGAGUUGGGGAGAGUUUUAGGCAGUGGGUUUGUUCUGGAUUGGAUGCUGUGAAGAAGCAGUAGUAAUUUGAUCAGACUGUUGUAAUUUUUAUGUUGGAGGUGGGGAAAUAACGAGAUUGGAGUUGUCACUGAUAACAAAGUGGUCAUGUUAGAUGGAAGAGGCAAUUAUUUGGCUAUUUUUGUCAAUGUAGAAAUGUAUUUCUCUCUGUGUUACAAGCUGUUUUGUUUUUUUCUUUUUCACCAUGAUCACUGAGUAGACCUGUGUCAUUCUUGUUUAUAAAUUGAAAACACCAGGUUCUGGUUGUUGCUGCUGUUAGUUGUCAAAGCAGUUUUUUUUGUCUUUUUGCUUUCACAACUUUGUCAUACUUAUAUUUUGUUUUUGUCUUUUUGCUGAAGCAUUUGAGAGCAAGCUAGAGAUAGUGAUCAAAAUGAAAUUAGUUACAUUGAUAACUUACUGUUAUCUAACCCACAGUUUGUAUUUAAACUUAUUCCAUUUUCCCAUUAAAGACUUUGAAAGUAAUUUCUUCCCCCAGGUGAGUUUCCGGUCUAAUUGUAUGCAUUGCACUUAGUUUUGGUUUCAUUAGUCACCUUUAGUCUAGAAUGAUUCCUCAGACUUUAUUUCUUAUUUGCUCUUGAUAUCUUUGUAGAGUAUUGAGAAAUUAUUUGUAAAAUGUUCUUAUUUUUUUGUUUCCUUAAUAUUUAUUCAUGAUUAAAUUCAGGCUAUGCAUUGUCAGCAGAGAUGCCAUAAAAGUAGUGAGGCAUCCUUCUCAGUGCAUCAUAGGAGUCAAAUGUUGGUUUGUGGGUUUGUCCCACUAGUGAUCUCAACUUUGUUUUUUUGGAUAAAAUGUCUGCCAGGUUACCUUUUUCCUUUUGCACUUAAUACUUUGAGACUAUGUAGCCAUCUUAUUCCUCACCAAACUUUCACCAGUUUUUAGCAGCUAUUGAUGAUGUUCUAGUUAUCUUUCAUUCUACCUUUAUUAGUUUAUGUGUUCUAUAGGAGCUUUCUUUUGUCACCCAUUUAUUUAUUACACAUUCUUUUGUUUAUAACAGUACAGACUCAGGUUCCUCCAUUUUCCUUUUUUUUUUUUUUUUUUUUUUGAGACAGAGUCUCACUCUGUCGUCCAGGCCGGAGUGCAGUGGGGCAGUCUCAGCUGACUGCAACCUCCACCUCCUGGGUUCAAACAAUUCUUGUGCCUCAGCUUCCCAAGUAGCUGGGAUUACAGGUGCCUGCCACUAUGUCCAGCAAAUUUUUGUCUUUUUAGUAAAGACAGGGUUUCAUCUUGUUGGCCAGGCUUGUCUUCAACUCCUGACUGUAAGUAAUCUGCUUGUCUCAGUUUCCCAAAGUGCUAGUAGGAUUACAGGCAUGAGCCACUGUGCCUGGCCAGGUUCCUGCCUUUUUAAUUUAAGUUAGGUAUGGAUUAUCAAACGGUGUUUUUUAAUUGCAGUAUCUUAGGUUUUAUUAGUUCAGUGUUAGCAAAUUAUUGGAAAGACGACGAGAUGUUUUUCAGAAGCUAUAAGAUACUUUCACGUGACAUAGCAACAACCUGUGAACUCCAACUAUCUUAUAAUAUUCUGUUGGUGGAAAUUAUAUUUUUAAGGAUAAUUUCAAACCGUAGACUAUCUUCUACUUAUUGCAGUUGCAAAUAAAUAAGAUACCUGACUGUGUUGUAAGAGCUUUCUACCUUCCAGCAAUCCGAUGAGGUUGGUACUGUUAUUCUUUACCACUUGCAGAUGACAGAAGUAAGGUAAAGAGAUGUUAAUAGUUUCCCCAAGGUGACACUUUUAGUGUCAGGAUUUUAACCCGUGCAUAUCAGUUCCAGGCCUACUGGACUUAUAUUGUCUCAAUUUAUGCCAUACUCAGAAUAAGAAUUACUGGUGUGCAAUUACAGGCACAUGGGCAGUGAGGCCACUGUGUGGUUAGCCUGGUUCUGAACUACUGCUGAAAGGGGUAGAUGGAUAUCUGGGAUCCAUGUCAUAAUCUGCUUAAAAGCCACAUAAAGCUUCAGCCAUCCCAAGAAGCACACACCUUUGCUAAUUCCUAAAGAGCAGCCACGUGGAUUAGUAACCGACUUACCCAGUUUUGAUUUAUUUUUCUCUUCUUUCCUAGUUCAGCUUCUUAGGACUCUGCACUUCCCCAGAAGGAAGAAUUAAAAAUGAAUAUGUUCAAGGAAGCAGUGACCUUCAAGGACGUGGCUGUGGCCUUCACGGAGGAGGAGUUGGGGCUGCUGGGCCCUGCCCAGAGGAAGCUGUACCGAGAUGUGAUGGUGGAGAACUUUAGGAACCUGCUGUCAGUGGGGCAUCAACCCUUCAAACAAGAUGUAUCACCUAUAGAAAGAAAUGAGCAGCUUUGGAUAGUGACGACAGCAACCCGAAGACAGGGAAAUUUAGGAGAGAAAAAUCAAAGUAAGUUAAUUACUGUUCAAGACAGAGAAUCAGAAGAAGAGCUUUCUUGCUGGCAAAUCUGGCAACAAAUUGCAAAUGACUUAACCAGGUGUCAAGACUCCAUGAUCAAUAAUUAUCAGUUUCACAAACAAGGUGAUUUCCCUUGCCAGGUAGGGACAGAACUGUCUAUUCAAAUUUCUGAAGAUGAGAACUAUUUAGUAAAUAAAGCAGAUGGUCCCAUUAAUACUGGGAAUCCAGAGUUUCCUAUCUUGAGAACCCAGGAUUCUUGGAGGAAAACAUUCCUGACUGAGUCACAGAGAUUGAACAGAGAUCAGCAGAUUUCCAUAAAAAAUAAAUUAUGUCAAUGUAAGAAGGGUGUUAAUCCCAUUGGUUGGAUUUCACAUCAUGAUGGUCAUAGAGUACACAAAAGUGAAAAAUUUUAUAGACCCAAUGAUUACAAAAAAGACAACAUGAAGAUUUUGACAUUUGAUCAGAAUAGCAUGAUUCACACAGGACAGAAAUCUUACCAGUGUAAUGAGUGUAAAAAACCCUUCGGUGAUCUCUCCAGCUUUGAUCUUCAUCAGCAGUUACAAUCAGGAGAGAAGUCUCUUACAUGUGUUGAGCGUGGAAAAGGCUUCUGUUACAGCUCAGUUCUUCCUGUUCAUCAGAAAGUAAAUGUGGGAGAAAAACUUAAGUGUGAUAAGGAAUUCAGUCAGGGCGCUCAUCUACAGACCCAUCAGAAAGUCCACGUGAUAGAGAAACCAUACAAAUGUAAGCAAUGUGGGAAAGGUUUCAGUCGUAGAUCAGCACUUAAUGUUCAUUGUAAGGUCCACACGGGAGAGAAACCUUAUAAUUGUGAGGAGUGUGGGAGGGCCUUCAGUCAGGCCUCUCAUCUUCAGGACCAUCAGAGACUCCACACCGGGGAGAAGCCAUUCAAAUGUGAUGCAUGUGGUAAGAGCUUCAGUCGGAAUUCACAUCUUCAAUCCCAUCAAAGAGUUCAUACAGGAGAGAAACCAUACAAAUGUGAGGAGUGUGGUAAGGGCUUCAUUUGUAGCUCAAAUCUUUACAUUCAUCAGAGAGUCCACACAGGAGAAAAACCCUAUAAAUGUGAGGAAUGUGGUAAAGGCUUUAGUCGGCCUUCAAGUCUUCAGGCCCAUCAGGGAGUCCACACUGGAGAGAAGUCAUACAUAUGUACUGUAUGUGGGAAAGGCUUUACUCUGAGUUCAAAUCUUCAAGCCCAUCAGAGAGUGCACACUGGAGAGAAGCCAUACAAAUGCAAUGAGUGUGGGAAGAGCUUCAGGAGGAAUUCCCAUUAUCAAGUUCAUCUAGUGGUCCACACAGGAGAGAAACCCUAUAAAUGUGAGAUAUGUGGGAAGGGCUUCAGUCAAAGUUCGUAUCUUCAAAUCCAUCAGAAGGCCCACAGUAUAGAGAAACCUUUUAAGUGUGAGGAGUGUGGGCAGGGUUUCAAUCAGAGCUCACGACUUCAGAUUCACCAGCUGAUCCAUACGGGUGAGAAACCAUACAAAUGUGAAGAGUGUGGCAAGGGAUUUAGUCGUAGAGCAGAUCUUAAAAUUCACUGUAGAAUCCACACAGGAGAGAAACCAUAUAAUUGUGAGGAGUGUGGGAAGGUCUUCAGGCAGGCCUCAAAUCUUUUGGCCCAUCAGAGAGUCCACAGUGGAGAAAAACCAUUCAAAUGUGAAGAAUGUGGGAAGAGUUUCGGUCGGAGUGCACAUCUUCAAGCCCAUCAAAAAGUCCACACUGGAGAUAAGCCAUACAAAUGUGAUGAGUGUGGGAAGGGCUUCAAGUGGAGCUUGAAUCUUGACAUGCAUCAGAGGGUGCACACAGGAGAAAAACCGUAUAAAUGUGGGGAGUGUGAUAAGUACUUCAGUCAGGCCUCAAGUCUUCAACUUCAUCAGAGUGUCCACACAGGAGAGAAACCAUACAAAUGUGAUGUGUGUGGUAAAGUCUUCAGUCGGUCUUCACAACUACAAUCUCAUCAGCGAGUUCACACUGGGGAGAAACCUUAUAAAUGUGAGAUAUGUGGUAAGAGCUUCAGUUGGCGAUCAAAUCUUACAAUUCAUCACAGAAUCCAUGUUGGCGAUAAAUCCUAUAAAAAUAAUAGGGGUGGUAAGAACAUCAGAGAAUCCACACAGGAAAAAAAAUCUAUAAAAUGAUUCUUUGUGAA